ACCACAGCUGAUCUGUUGUCUGCCUCAUUUGUAUUUUAACGAUAUUAAAAAUAACUAUUUUCUACAAUAUUUAUCAAGAACUAUGGACGCUCCUUUAAAUUUGGCACAUCAACAGGGGCGAAAGGCUGACAUGCUGUGUAAAGCAGGCAAGUUUGAUGAGGCCAUAGCCUGUCACAAUAGGGCUGCAGAAUAUAUCCUUGAAGCCAUGCAGCAGAUCCAUAAAGAUAAGACACAAGAUUCACAAAAGCUGCCACAGAGCCAUAAAGAUUGGACUAAACUACUUUAUCCACAACAGACAUGUACGGACCAGGCACUAGAAUCGCUACGUCUUCAGCACGCUCACCACAUCAAACAGACGGACAGACUGUAUGAUGUUCAGCGUCGCGCUCAGCUGCUUCAGAUACAACAAAACAAGCUUCAUUACUGCGAUGUUGGUACUCAGACAAGUCUACAGGGACCAGUUAUUUCAACCAGCGCGGAACAUUCCUCCCCUUUAUCCAGUCAUCAUCCAUAUGAUAUACAGACUCCUUGUCGGGAAUCAUCCCCAUUUGAUGAGGACACCAUCUACCACACUCUCACUGAGAACGACUCACUUAUUGGACUACUUUUGAGACGGAGACAGAAUUGUGACAACAGCAAGUCAUUCCAUUCCGGUAUACCUGUUGAGCGGGUUUUCCAGUCUAAAGGGUCUGAAAGUCCUGAAAGUGAAGACAAGGAAACAAAGGACCUUCGGCACCACAAUGACGAUCUUAGGAAACAUGUUUCGCAGCUUCUGAAAGAGGUUGACGAACUGAAAAGAGAAAACAAGAAAAUGAGGGUUAGAGAUGAAGCAAGGGAGACAAUAUUUGGUGAUGUCGGACAUUGUGAGUUGGAUUUGAUACCUGAUUUGCCUCCCCUUGAAAUGCCCACGUUUGAUAUUGACUUCCUUUCUCAGGACAACAAGACAGAUAGUGAAGACGCAACAAACUGUUUUGGGAAGUCUCCUAUUUAAUUAAAGAGGUCUGUCAAACUCUUGUGUUAAGUCUUCUAAAUGUGAUUCUCAAUUUGCUGGUUCAAAUAUGUCUACAGCCUAACUGUUCAAAUGACUGUUUUAACAUAAAGUGGAGGGUUUUAUCCUCUAGCUUAGUACAAAGUUAUGAAUGAAAUAAAUGGUAAUUGUUUUCCAAAUUGUUUGAGGCUGCCAAAGAAGAAUGCCACUUUAUACAUGUAUGUCAGUUGUACAUAUAAGUCAAUUUACAAAUUGUUUCUGUGAGUACUUGCGGUCUGUGUGUGAUUAAAUUAUCAUUUUCUGCAGUUCUUUCUCGUCUUUGAUUUCCUUGUACAAGUUUUAAUAUUAUGUGUUUUGUGUAUACAAUCAAUUAGUCUUAUUAUUGUGAGUAGUUGAUUUUUGAUACUGAAGCCUACCCAUACUGUUUAAUUAUGAUUAUUAUGAUUUUUAGUAUUUAUUUCAGUAUUAGUAUCCAUAUCAAUUUUUUGAAGAGUGGGAGAGGCUGCAAUUAUAGCAAUAUCUUUCAUAUUUAUGUUUAAUGGAUGAAAUGGAAUAGCCCUGAGUAAAAGGAUUGGAAAUGAGAUUAUUUUUUUGCCAUUUAAUUUUAACAAUUUUCUGAGACAUAAGUCUUGAUUCAAAAUUGAGACUGUUUGAAUAAAUAUGAGGUUCAACUGUGUUAACCCAGGCUCUAGUUGGUAUGAAUAGCAUAUAAUAUACCAGGAAUUUGUAGCACAGACCGUUCCAAGUAUAAUUUGGUAUAUAUGUACAAACAUUCAUCAGACUAGUUUAAAGUGGCAAAUGAGAUGGAUCUAAAUUUGAAUGACAACUUGACAAAAGUAUUGCUGGCUAUUUUUUGUCAUCCUUAUGUCGAUCAUAAUUUAUCAUAUGCUUCAGGCUACCAUAAUGAUACUAUUUAAUAUACUAUAGUUAUUGUUUAGGUGCUCAGUGUUUUAGAGGAAAAUCAAUAUUGUUAUCAUUUGUUUAAAUUGAAUUAACAUUUAGCCGGUAUGUACUAUCAAGGAUUUUGAAUCUACCAAACCUGAUUUACAUGUACCUUCACUUUAUUUGUCUUCACUCAUUAAAAAUAUUGACACACUUCAAAAUUCUGUUUGAAUGUAAUACAACCCUGCUUGUCUUUAUAUAAUGUUUCUAUUUUGAAUUUGUUUCGUCUGUGUUCUUUCAUUUUCAUAUAUUAAUUCAGCAUUACAUUUGCACAUAUGUAAAUUACAAUAACGAUACCGGUACUUUGCCUGUCUGGGACCAAUAUGUUGCUGUCUUAAAUUUCAGCUUGACUGUUUUUCCAAGAAGUUGAGGUAUCAUCAUAGCCUUGGCAUAGUUAGCUCUGCCCUUACUCUAAAUCAUUCAGGGUAUUCAUAUGGAAUUUGGUUCACAUGGUGCCUGAGACAACAUACAUACAUGUAUGAAGGCCUUUACCUCUGGAUUAAAUAGUACUACAGUUAUGCCCCUUUAUUGACUGAAAACAAAACAAACAGAUGAGCAUUGACAUUCACUUGUGGUGCUCUUGGGUCUUUUGUAGGUAAGGGAUGAUGAUCUGUUUGUUUAUAUGAUCAAAUGUUAUGUUAUUGACUAAUGAUUUUAGAAAUUUAUUGUAUUGAAUGUUUAAUAAAAGAACAUAUGUAAACAUGUGUUCCUGUUUAUUGUACUAACAGUGAGCAGCUGUGUCAACACUAGUUUCCACUGUUAGGACCAAACUUGAGAGUUGUUGGUGCACGUUUAGUGCACUUCUAGUUAACAAGAAGUGCACUUCACAGUGCACUAG